ACAUAAACACAUUCACAGUACAGCACACCAUAAAUUCUAUGGUAAGAAACGCACAAACCCACGCACGCUCCAUUCUCUCUCCUUACUUUCUCUCUCUAAAUUUUCCAUGCAUAAAAAUAUGCCUCAUUAGGACUAUUAAACCAAGUUUCCAUUUUGUGCCACCACUAAACUCUCUCUUCUUCUUCUUCUUUGCUUAAAGUCAACAUGCAAAUUUUUUAGCCUAAAAUGCUUCUCAUUAUUUGAGCAACUUUUGAGUUUCAAAAAUAUAAUCUUUCUAUUGAAUUGGAUUCUGGGUUUGUUCCAAAAUCCAAUUUUUUCAUUUGGGUUGGUUCCAAAUUUAAAGAAAAAUAAGGGGUUAGUGAAUGGUAAUGAAGGAAGAACAGGGUCGUAGUUUGUUUGGAAUUUCACUCUCUGACAGACCCAGAUGGCAACAAUUCCUCAUUUGUUCAUCUGGAUUCUUCUUUGGAUAUCUUGUUAAUGGUAUCUGCGAGGAAUAUGUGUAUAACAGGCUCCAUUUCAGCUAUGGUUGGUACUUCACAUUUAUUCAAGGAUUUGUUUACCUCUUUCUGAUUUACCUCCAAGGUUUCACAAGCAAGCAAAUGGUGAACCCAUGGAAAACUUAUGUGAAGCUUUCUGCUGUACUUAUGGGUUCACAUGGCCUAACAAAGGGAUCUUUGGCUUUUCUUAAUUACCCUGCACAAAUUAUGUUUAAAUCCACUAAGGUUCUGCCAGUGAUGAUAAUGGGUGCCUUUAUUCCUGGUCUGAGAAGGAAGUAUCCAAUUCAUGAAUAUCUAUCUGCAGUACUCUUGGUAGUUGGAUUGAUCUUAUUCACGCUAGCAGAUGCACAUACAUCACCUAAUUUCAGUGUUGUUGGUGUUGUUAUGAUAACUGGUGCUUUGGUUAUGGAUUCUUUUCUUGGAAAUCUUCAAGAAGCAAUCUUUACUAUGAAUCCUGAUACCACACAGAUGGAGAUGCUCUUUUGUUCUACAGUAGUGGGAUUACCUUUCUUAAUCCCACCUAUGCUUUUUACAGGAGAAUUAUUCAAAGCAUGGACUUCAUGUUCACAGCAUCCCUAUGUGUAUGGUGUAUUAGUCUUUGAAGCAAUGGCUACAUUUAUAGGUCAAGUUUCUGUCCUCUCUCUCAUUGCCCUUUUUGGUGCUGCCACUACAGCCAUGAUAACAACAGCAAGAAAGGCAGUGACAUUGCUACUAUCAUACUUGAUAUUUACAAAACCAUUAACAGAACAACAUGGGAGUGGACUAAUACUCAUAGCUAUGGGUAUCACAUUGAAGAUGUUGCCUGAAAACAAACCUAUAAUCACUAAGAGAGCCUUAAAUUCAUCUCCAAAAACCAAUACUGCAAAAUCUACUACUGCUGAUGAAGAGUUGGGGGAACUGCAGGAUUCUGUAGGUGAAGAUGAUGAAAGGAGGCCCUUGGUCUAGCUAGCUUAAAUGUUGUCAAUGCAAUUUUUUUUUUAUUUAUUUAUUUUAUUUUUCUGUCAUUAUUUUAAAUUUCAUAUUUUCUUUCUCAUUUUUAUAUCAUGUUAAAGGAAAAAGAAAAUAAGUGUAAUUUGAUGUUCAAUAUACAAAUUUUUAUUGAAUGCCUUUUAGAUAAAAAAAUUUACUUUAUCCACAGCUUAAAUAUAAGUACACUUUUUCCUA